GCUUCAAAAUUUAUUUAGCGCCAGGUUUGGACUGGAAAUAUUUGGUUAGAGGUAAAUGUCAUCUAAAUAUCCUUCUGGGAAGAAAGAUUCCCACCCACAAGUAAAAAAACGUAAUGAGCUUACCUCAUUUUCCGAAAAUGAAACUGAAUGCCCAGUUUGUUUGAUGCCUAUAGAAGAUCCACUGCGACUUAGUUCAUGCGGUCACUUCGCUUGUUCAGUUUGUUGGAGGAAUUUCAUCUCGUGUCAAAUAGAAAACUUUGCACUGGCUCAUCUCACAUGUGUAGCGUGCUCAGAACUAUUGCAGCCAUCAACUGUGAUUCAUCUCUUGUCUGCUGUUUCGACUCGUCAUGAGUCUUCACAAAGUCCCGUAAAAGAUAAUCAGUAUGACCGCAGUUUAUCUCGAUAUGAAGAAUUUUUACUUCAACAAGCAAUGUCCUGUGAACCAGAAGCGAGAUGGUGCCCAAGAGGUUGUGGUUAUGGAUUGAUAGCACACUCCUUCCACGCCUGUCCGCAAAUUGUCUGUCUUCAUCCAAUGUGCGAAGGACGUUCAUUUUGUUUUAAAUGUAGAAGACCUUGGUCCACUGAUACAACAAAUGAAAGUUCGUCAGAUCAAAAUAAUGUUAUACAUAUUUGUCCGGCUGAACAAGAUAUGCGUAGUAAUGCAUUAGAUGGACUGCGCUCUUUCUUUGGUAUUCGGCGUUUUAGCAGGCAAAUAUCUGGUCAAAAUUUAAUAACAAAUGGCCCUCAACCAAAAGUUUCUGAUAAUAUUUUACCAAUACAUUUAAAUACCUCGACUUCUAUGAAGGGAAAGCGUUCCCAUGUACUGAGAUCUUAUCCCAGUUCUACCAACUACUCCAAUGAUACUCGAUUAUCUAUGGAAGAACUAUUUACAAACGUAGAUCUUGAGAGUGCUAAUACUACUGCUCCUGUUUCAAAGGAAAAACAUCCGAUCUCUGAAUAUGAUGUGGUUAACUCUUCUGAAUCAUCUCCCAAAGUAAAGAGACGUCCUUCCGUAGAUUCUAAUGAUCAAAACUCCUUAGUGAAACCCUGUCCUAAUUGUAAAACUCUCAUACAAAAACUUAAUGAUGGAAGGUGUAAUUCUAUGGUAUGCUCAAUUUGUAAUUAUGAGUUUUGUUGGUUAUGUUUACGGGAAACUACAGCAACUCAUUAUUUGAAUUUUUCCGGUUGUACUGUAUUGGGUCGCAGCCGAUGGUCAAAACUUCGUCGUGUUGUUACUGUUUGUAGUAUAAUGUUAGGUACACCAAUCCUGCUUCCACUCACAAUUGUCAUAGCACUUCCUGCUUUAUCAAUUAACUUCACUGUACUCAUGACCAAACAUGUUAAUUGGAUGCUUCUUUCGAAAUCCAAACAUUUAAGACGGUUUGUUCUAUUCUGGGUUGUAAUCGCUGGUCUCAUUGUGUUCCCAGUACUAACAGCCGUAACUUUUGGCCUUUUGAUCCCCGUUGUUUUGGGUUAUGUGUAUUUAUACCUCCCAAUUAGUUUGUUUCGAUCCCUGAUAAGAGAUGAAAGUGAUAUUCUUUCAAAACCGACCGAACUAGAGAAACUACAAUCAGUAAGCCCUAAUCUCGAAAACCAGUUCAAGGCAAAGAAUGAGGAUAUCAGAUCAAAUGAUGGAAGCUUUAGUGAGUCUAAAAUUGUCGUAGUAGACGAAACAGUGCCAAUGGAACGUGAUCAGACAUUAUAAGUGUUUUGUGAGAACAGCUUAUCUCUCUUAGUCUUUCAUUUCUUACCUUUUAUUCAAACAGAAUGAUUUUCUCGUGUCUAUUUAAAUAAGUAAAAAUACAAACUAAUGCCACUUUUUAUAAUUCAAAGCCAAGGCUGUGAUUUGUCGAUUCUAUAUGAGUUUCUUCUUAUUUUAUCUGAUUAUUAUAUUCAAAUCUGCUGUUUGUAUGCUCCAAUAAUUUAUUUUUUUGGUAAAAAGAAUAUAUACGUUGUUUCGAGUA